AUGGCCAGAUUUCGGUUAAAGAUGCUACCUAUCAAUCUCGUUGCACUCAUAGGCCUCAUGGCCUGGGGGACAUCAGCCUCAUCAGCCUCCGCCGAGUCCGCUCCUUCACCCUCAGCGGAUGUCGAACUCAUCUGCCACACCGACAAUCCGGCAGAGUGCUACCCGAAGGUCUUCCAGGCAACCGACGAGUUUCAAAUAGUCCGCCCGGAUCAGGACCUCCCAAUAGGCCUUCACGUCCGGCUCAACGUCUAUACGGGCCUCAAGGAGGCCAAGAUCAACGUCCCCGACGAGCACGACCCGUCAUUAGAAGGCUUACCCGUUGACUCGUCCGUGGUGAUUGUCGAGCGGGAUGAGGCCGAGGAGAAGCUCAAACCCGCGCCCAACGCACCCGCCUACGAGCCGGUGGGGGCCGUCAAGAAGCCCAAAUCCGCCGACGCGGGCGAGGGCAGCGCGUUCUACAAGUCCCUGACCAUCCUCAAGAAGGGCCUGGACAUCGACGGGGCGCUGGAGAUGCUCGAGGACAUCUCACACGACAUCUACUACGGGCUCAAGAUCGCCGAGGACUACGAAACGGUGCACGAGCUCUUCUGCCUGUCCACCGCCCCUCUCUCAUCCCCGUCCACAGACGACGACGACAACAAAGUCGCCACCACCCUCCGCCGAGCCCGCCUCGCCGCGCUCACCCUCUCCUCCACGCUCCAAAACAACCCCACCGCCCUCGCCUCCAUCGAGACGCACUGGCCCAAGCUCGCCCCCUCCCUCUGCGGCAGCGGCAGCAGCAACAGCGGCCGCACCACCCCCCUCUCCACCAACAUCUUCACCCUCCUCCCCACCCCAUCCUCAUCAUCAUCCUCAUCCUCAUCCUCAUCCUCAUCCUCCCCCCUCACCAAAGCCCGCAUCUCCCUCCUCAAAGGGCUGCUCAAAUCCCCGCUCUUCCGCGCCGCCUCCCUCUCCAACACCAACACCAACAACAACGGCGCCUCCUACAUCCUCCGCAUCCUCACCACCACCACCAACCCAGCCACCCAGCCAGAAGACAAAGAGGAGUGGGCCCAAACCCAGCGCCGCGCCGCGCUCCUCCUCCUCGACACCUUCCUCGACAGCGACAUGGGCGCGGCGGUGGGGGAAUGGCCGCCGGCGGGGCGGGCACAGCUCAAGGACGGGGAGUGCGCGGCGCUGUUUGGUGUGGAUGGGGGUGAUGGGGGUGAGAAGGGCGAGGGGCGCGAGGAGGAGUGCGUGGACUGGUUGGUGAAGGGGUUGAGUGAGAAGUAUAGGAAGGAUAAGGGGCAUUGGAGCCAUGAGCUGUGGCGGGGGAUUAAGGGGCGGGAUCGUGGUGCUGGGGGGAAGAAGAAGGUGGGGGAGAAGGUGGAUUUGUGA